GGUGUGUGGGUCCGAAGGGGUGGGGGACAGGAGUGGGAGGAAAUAGUCCAGAAAUCCCCCGGACUUUGGGGAUCUCCUGCCUGCCUGCUCCAAGGCACUGGAGAGGAGGGAAGGUGUGGACCCACCCUGAAGGAGGACUGAGCGAUAGGCUGAUAAAAAACGAAGACUAGUCCGCUCCCUGACUUAGGCGCAGGGGGCCUGGCUGGGCCGAGGAACAUCUGCAUCCAGACACAGUUGGAACGAGGCAGCUUCGGUGAUCCGGCGGUAACAGAGAGACCAGAAAAAGAGGGAGCCUUCCAGGGGAUGCUAAGAUGCUGGCCGUGCCAGAGUCUCAGAUGCACAGUCUGCAAAUAAGUACAAAUGGGGAGCGGUCACCUUUGCUCACCCCUCCAAGCUCUCCGAGGAUGCAGGACAGCUGUAGCAUUGCUCCACUCACCCCUUCUCAGUCCCCGAGGAGCGAGGCCCGAGCCCCUCAGCCUGCUCCAUUCUCCGUGGUGGUGGCCAUCGACUUUGGCACAACCUCUAGUGGCUAUGCCUUCAGUUUCACCAAUGACCCUGAGUCCAUUCACAUGAUGAGGAAGUGGGAGGGCGGGGACCCAGGUGUGGCCCACCAGAAGACGCCCACCAGCCUGCUGCUGACCCCGGAGGGUGCCUUCCAUAGCUUUGGCUACACAGCCAGGGACUACUACCACGACUUGGACCCCGAGGAGGCUCGGGACUGGCUGUACUUUGAGAAGUUCAAGAUGAAGAUCCAUAGCACCAGUGACCUGACCAUGAAGACAGAGCUAGAGGCUGUGAAUGGGAAGAAGAUGCCGGCCCUGGAGGUGUUCGCCCACGCUCUGCGGUUCUUCAAGAAACACGCUGUGCAGGAGCUCAGGGAACAGUGCCCAUCACUGCCGGAAAGGAAUGCCAUCCGCUGGGUACUCACCGUUCCUGCCAUCUGGAAGCAGCCAGCCAAGCAGUUCAUGAGGGAAGCUGCCUACCUGGCGGGCUUGGUGUCCCCCGAGGAUCCCGAGCAGCUCCUCAUAGCCCUAGAGCCUGAAGCGGCUUCCAUCUACUGUCGGAAGCUCCGUCUCCACCAGCUCAUUGACCUUAGCUGCCGGCCGGUGUCCAACGGCUUCCUGGGCGAGCGGCGUUCCAUCGACUCCAGCUUCCGCCAAGCCAGAGAACAGCUGCGAAGAUCACGCCACAGCCGUACCUUCCUGGUGGAAUCAGGCAUCGGAGAGCUGUGGGCAGAGAUGCAGGCAGGUGACCGCUACAUUGUGGCGGAUUGUGGGGGCGGUACCAUGGACCUGACCGUGCACCAGAUAGAGCAGCCCUUGGGGACCCUCAAGGAACUCUACAAAGCUUCAGGGGGCCCCUAUGGGGCAGUUGGGGUGGACCUGGCUUUUGAGCAGCUGCUGGGCAGGAUCUUCAGUGACGACUUCAUCACCACCUUCAAAACCAAGCGUCCAGCGGCCUGGGUGGACCUGACCAUCGCCUUCGAGGCCCGCAAGCGAACGGCCGGGCCCCACCGCGCCAGUCCCCUCAACAUCUCCCUGCCCUUCUCCUUCAUCGACUUCUACCGCAAGCAGCGGGGUCACAACGUGGAGACAGCCUUGCGCAAGAGCAGUGUGAACUUUGUGAAGUGGUCCUCCCAGGGCAUGCUGAGGAUGUCCUGCGAAGCCAUGAAUGAGCUGUUCCGGCCCACCGUCAGCCAGAUCAUCAAGCACAUUGAUGAGCUGCUGGCCCGCCCAGAGGUGCAGGGGGUGAAGUUUUUGUUCCUCGUGGGGGGCUUCGCCGAAUCAGCCGUGCUCCAACAUGCGGUGCAGGAGGCCUUCACCGGCCGAGGCCUGCGGGUCAUCAUCCCUCAGGACGUGGGCCUGACCAUCCUGAAGGGCGCCGUGCUGUUCGGCCUGGACCCUGGCGUGGUCCGAGUGCGCCGCUCACCGCUCACCUACGGCGUCGGGGUCCUUAACAAGUUCGUGGCUGGCCGCCACCCCGCAGAAAAGCUGCUGGUCAAGGACGGCAAGAGCUGGUGCACCGACGUCUUUGAGCGCUUUGUGGCGGCCGACCAGUCCGUGGCCCUGGGAGAGGUGGUUCAGCGCAGCUACUGCCCAGCCAGGCCUGGCCAGCACCGCAUCCUCAUCAACAUCUACUGCUGCGCGGCCGAGGACGUGCAGUACAUCACCGACCCUGGCGUGCGCAAGUGUGGGGCCAUCAGCCUCGAGCUGGCCCCUGCCCCUCCAGGGGCAACUCCCACCCGCCGGGAGAUUCGGGCCUCUAUGCAGUUUGGGGACACGGAGAUCAAGGUCACCGCUGUGGACGUCAGCACUUCCCGGACUGUGCGAGCCACCAUCGACUUCCUCUCCAAUUGAGGGCAGGGAGGGGAAAGAGGCUUAGCCGUGGGCCAAUUCUCCCUUCAACAUCUCAUGUUCCCCCCUCUGCCCACACCUCCACCUUCUCCCCCAAGUGCCCUCCAACAACCCCCAUCCCUUCUCCCAGUCUUGUUUCUUGAGACCCAUCCUCCAGAUUUCUACCUUCUCUCCUCUCCUCUUCUUCCUUUCCCUCCCCUACCUGUUCAUUUCACUUUCCCCCUAUCCAGCCCACGUUCUUCCAUUCCCUCUUUUUAGGCUUGGACUCCACCCUUCCACAGCCCCAAAUUCUGCCUUCAUCUCACUGUGCUGUACUUGGGCUGGGGAUGAAAAGAGGGACCUUGAAAAACUUCCUAAAGUGCAGCACAAGGACUUAAGACCAAUGGAAAGAGCACUACUGGGCUAACUUGGGGUCCUUACCCCCCUCUUGGUGGGCUGAGACUGCUCUCCCCACCACUCCACCCCAGGGAGUUUGCACGGGCUUUCCCGCUGACAGGCAGCCCUUGAGAAGGUGCCAGAGGGUGCCCAGUGAAGAAGGCAAGAAUUUGGUGAGGGUCCUCCCAAAAUCGUGCUGGGGGGAAGCCCUGGAAUUCAUUCCUGGGUAGGCCAAACUGGCAAGAGUCACCCCUACUGCCCACAGAAGAGGGUUGAAUGGGAGGGGGAGAUCCCCAGCAUCCCAAUCCCCCACCCUGUCCACAGAAUCAUAGAACGCUGAAGCUAGAAAGGGCUUUAGAGAUCACCCAGCCCAUCUAAACCACAGGGGAGACUGAGGCCCAGAAAGGUUAAGCUACAUGUCUGUGGGUCACUCAGUAAGCAAGGGACAGAGAUGAGGUUCAAACUCUGCUCUCUUCCCCCUGCACCACUCUUUCCUAUAUAGCUCAGUAUGCUUCGCUUUGUCUUACUGGGAAAAGGGGUGCAGGUAAAUUCAGAUUCUAUUUUUAUAGCUUAAACCCGUCCUCCAGCUUGGACCUAUCCUGCCGCGGCUUAGAGCUGAGAGUGGGAAAUGGAGCAAGGGGAGAUUCAAUGAUGCUCGCUUUGGGGGGAUGGCAUAGCCCCGUGUCCUUUGACCAGCAAGGCCCUAGGGAACAAAGAAUUCUACACAGCACUUAGUGACUUCUCUGGCUUACCAGGCAGAACGCUGGAAUGGAGACCUCGUUGACCCCUGGGGGGUCCUGCCACCUAAGGGGGAUGACAGAAGCCAUGCAUACAAGGGACUGAUGGACACAGGCCAGUGACGCACAGAAAGGGGCUGAGACCAAUAAAGCCCCGACUCGGUAGUGUGAAGAGUGUAAGCCCAUCUCACCGGGUAGGGUCUGGAAAUAUUGGACAAUGGCAGUACUUGACAAGUAGGGGAGGGGAGUACUACAUUCAGUUUUCACUAACAGGGUAAUAUUACUAGUCAGAAGUAUAUUACUAGGGUAACCAAGUUACUGGCAGGUAUAUAACUAGGCGGGAUAGUUACUAGCGGGGUAAGGUACUAACGGGGUGGUAUUUCUGACCCCUGGACAUAAUGAGAACAAUGAUUCCUCAAGAGGUUAGUCUAACAAUCCAUACAGGAAAAACCAAAUGGAUGAAAAAUGCACAUUGUCCAGAUUGUGACACGUGGUUGUACCGACAGUCUGCUGAGUAAGGACGUCAGUACAUCACUGACGAUGGACAGCAGAGGAACAUGUGGAACCGGAGGAAAACAGGCAGCAUUGUUUUGGAAACUGCUCAGCACUUUCCACAAUCUCCACUGAGACCCAAUUUUCUUUUUUUUUCCUUUUUUUUUUUUUAAAGGCAAUUGGGGUUAAGUGACUUGCCCAUGGUCACACAGCUA